AUGCUAAUCAUCGAAGACCUCAAGACCAAGAAGAAGACCUGGCACAGAAGCUCGCCCAGCAAUAGCAUUGCUCCAACUGUCAACAGCUUCCGCCACCUCAGGCGCCAGAGCAGAGACCAACAAUCCGGCGCCGCCUACUCUCCCGAGGACUCUCCGUCUCUCCGCACCGGCCCGACCACCGCCGCCCGCACUACCACCUCCACCACUACUCCUCACGGCAGAGGCAAGCAGCAUUGGCGCGCGCCACCUGGUAUCGUCGUCAUGAAGUUUGGCGACCAGCUUCGCUCCAGCGUCAUUCGCGAGUAUGAGUGGUCCUACCUGGACUACGACGGCCUCAAGGCCAAGUUGCGCAACGCCAGCGGCCCCGUCAUCUACGUCGAGGAGCCUGCUUCUGCCGCAUCCGCGUCAAACAACAAGAAGAGCGCCAAGAGCGCCAAGAAGGACGUAGCGGCCUCCGCCGCGACGUCCCGGCCAAGUAACAAUACGCUGCAUCCCCAGCGCGAGUGGUCCGAGGACGACGAGGCAGAGUUUGUGACCGCCCUCGAGGUCGAGCUUGAAAAGGUCCACCAGAAGCAGCAGGUCAAGGCCAUUGAGAUCCAGCGCAUGAUUGCCGUCAGCGAGCGCGAGGUCAACGAUGUUGUGAACCGCCUGCGCGAGCGCGGCACCGGCGACGGCCCCAGCGAGGAGGAGUUCAUGCUCCUCGAGGAGGACCUCAGCGACAUCAUUGCCGACGUCCACGACCUCGCCAAGUUCGUCCAGGUCAACUACACCGGCUUCUACAAGAUCAUCAAGAAGCACGACAAGGCCACCGGCUGGCACCUCAAGCCCGUCUUCGAUACUCGCCUGAAGGCGAAGCCGUUCUACAAGGAGAACUACGAUGCCUCUGUUGUGAAGCUGUCCAAGCUCUACGACAUUGUCCGCACCCGCGGCAACCCCGUCAAGGGCGACAGCAGCGCAGGCGGUGGGCAGGCCAACUUCGUCCGCCACACCACGAAGUACUGGGUCCACCCAGACAACGUCACCGAGCUCAAGCUCAUUAUCCUCAAGCACCUGCCCGUGCUGGUCUUCAACGCCAGCAAGGAGUUCGACCAGCAGGACUCCGCCAUCACCUCGAUCUACUACGACAACCCGGAGAAAUGGGAUCUGUACGAGGGCCGUCUCAAAAAGACCGAGGGCGCCGAGGCCAUCCGUCUGCGUUGGUACGGCGGCAUGCGCAGCGAAACCAUUUUCGUCGAGCGCAAGACCCAUCGCGAGGACUGGACUGGUGAAAAGUCGGUUAAGGCCCGCUUCUCUAUGAAGGAGAAGAAUGUCAACGCCUACCUGCGCGGCGAGCUGCUGCCCGCUGCCAUUUUUGAAAAAGCCCGCAAGGAGGGCAAGAAGUCCAAGCAGGCCAUUGCCGAGGACGAGCGCCUGGCUGCCGAGAUUCAAUACUCCGUCCUUCGCAAAGGCUACGUGCCCGUGUGCCGUUCUUUCUACAACCGCACCGCUUUCCAGCUUCCCGGUGACGCCCGCGUGCGUAUUUCUCUGGAUACCGAGCUGACGAUGGUCCGCGAGGACAACCUCGACGGCAAGCAACGCAGCGGCGACAACUGGCGUCGCAUGGACAUUGGCAUCGACUACCCCUUCUCGCAGCUUCCGGCCGCUGACAUUGAGCGCUUCCCCUAUGCCGUUCUCGAGGUGAAGCUGCAGACCCAGAUGGGCCAGGAGCCUCCGGAGUGGGUGCGCCAGUUGAUUUCGAGCCACCUCGUCGAGGCCGUGCCCAAGUUCUCCAAGUUCAUCCACGGCACCGCCACUCUCUUCCCCGACCGCAUCAACCUGCUCCCCUUCUGGCUGCCUCAGAUGGACGUUGACAUCCACAAGCCGCGCUCGCACGACUUUGGCAUCCGCCGCUCUGGCCACUCGGGCACCACAGCCACGUCCGAAGACGAAGACGAAGACUCCUUUGACUCCGACGACGACGAGAGAGGCAUUGACAGCAACGCCCUCGUGCAGCAAACGCGCAGCCGCCAGACGUUUGGCGGGCCUGUUCUCGGCGAGCCGAGCUCCUCGACAGCCGCCGCCAUCGCUGCACGCUUGCCGCACCACGGCGUCGCCACGCACCAUGGCCUGGGCGACACCGAGGACCAGACCACCGACGGUCUCAACGACCCGUAUCCCGUCUACGACUCGGACGACGAGGACGGCGAGGAGGACAGUGAACGGACACGGCUCGAAGAAGCACGCCGUGUUGGCGGCUGGCCCUACUACUCUGCGCUGAUGGGCGCCUACACCAAGGCCGCUGGCCGUGGUGUCAUCUCGGUUGCCCAGGCGCUGGUGCCUCACCCGCGCGGCUCCGAGAUCCCCGAGAACGAGCGGCAGCGCUUGCUCUUCGGAGGCCGCAGCGCCAUCCAGACCAAGCAGUUCCGCGCCCCCAAGGGCAAGAAGAUUUACGUGCCCGUGCGCGUCGAGCCCAAGGUGUACUUUGCUGCCGAGCGGACGUUCUUGGGCUGGCUCGAGUACUCCAUCUACGUCGGCACGAUCGCCGCAACGCUGCUCAACUUUGGCUCGAAGCCGUCCAGUAUUUCUUUUGUUGUCGCCAGCGUCUUCACCCUGCUCGCCGUCCUGAGCUUGGCCUAUUCGGUCGGUAUCUACUUUUACCGCAGCAAGGCCAUCCGCACACGGCGCGCGUCUGCCCAAUUCUACGAUCGCUAUGGACCGAGUGUGUUGUGCGGUGCUCUCGUCGUGGCCAUUGCGCUCAACUUUGCCUUUGAAGGCCGGUCGCGCGACCUGUGGUAA